AUGCGCCCCCGCUCGCGCCCCCCGCAGGCCUUCUCCUCCUACUCCCCGCGUGUCGCCGGACGCUUCGCGCACCGCCGCUGGGACCUCCUCACGGGCUGGGGCGACGACGUCAUCGACGAGGACGUCGAGGAGGAGGACGAGAUACGCAGCGACGGCGAUAUCCUCGGCGACGUGAAAGGCAGCGGCAAGCGCCGCCGCCCGAGCGUGUCUGACGCCCAGGGCGCCGCCGACGCCCGCGCCGCUGCCGAGCUCAACUGGGAGAUCGACCCCGCGCGAUGGCAGGAUCGCAAGGUGCGCACUCGCCCGUCGCAGUUUCGCCAGUCUGCCCAGGCGCACACGGACUGGGUCAACGAUAUCCUUCUGUGUAACUACAAUCAGACCGUCGUGUCCGCCUCUUCCGACGGCUCCGUCAAAGCCUGGAACCCGCACGCGUCCCAGCAGUCUCCCGGCUCCUCCUCCACGGCGGCGGCGGUCAGCGACCCCGUCACGGUGGGCACGCAUCGCGACUACGUGCGCUGUCUCGCCCAGAGCCGCGAACAGAAAUACAUCGUCUCCGGGUCAUUCGACCGCACCAUCAAACUCUGGGACCUCUCCCGCUCCACCACCUCCCUCUCCUCCCUCUCCUCCACCUCCUCCUUGUCGUCCUCCUCGCCCUCGGCCUACGCCCCCGCCCCCGCGCGCGGCGCGGCCCCGCUCAUGACGCUCAGCCCGCCGGACGCCGCGGGGCCCAAGGCGUCCGUGUACGCGCUCGCGGUCGACCCGCUCGGCCACACGAUCGCCGCGGGCGGUCCGGAGCGCGUCGUGCGCCUGUGGGACCCGCGCGCGGGGAAGCGCAUCGGGAAGCUCGUGGGGCACACGGAUAAUAUACGCGCGAUGGUCGUUUCGGAGGACGCGCGAUACCUGUUGACUGCGUCUGCGGAUGCCUCCAUAAAACUCUGGUCCCUCGCCUCCCAGCGCUGCCUCCACACAUUCAUGCACCACACGGACUCGGUGUGGUCGCUCCACUCGACACACCCGUCCCUCGAGGUCUUCUACUCGGGCGACCGCUCGGGAUACGUGUGCCGCGUCGACGUCGAGGGAUGCGCGCAGAUCGCGGAGGGCGAGUGCGUCGUGCUGUGUCGCGACGCGGAUUCGGGGCCCGACGGCGGCUUCGAUGGAGGCGCGGGCGGCUACGGCGGCGGCUAUAGCGGCGGCAGCACCGACGGAGGUAGAGGAGGCGCGGGCGUGAACAAGAUCGUGGCGAUGGACGACGGGCUCGUGUGGACCGCCUCGGGAAGCUCGAGCCUCCGCCGCUGGCGCGCGCCCCCGCGCCGCGCGGUGCGCGCGGCCGCGAUGGCGUUCGCGUUCGCGCCGGAACUGGAACAGGAGCACGAGCCCGAUGUCGAGCCCGAUGUCGAUGUCGAGUGCUCUCCGGACCUCGAUGUCGGCGCACACGCCGGGGGCGCGACGACGUGGUACGGGCUCCCGUUCGCGAGCCUCGUGCGCCUCGCGUCGCCACACGACGCCUUUGCGCCGUACUCGCCGCUCACGGGCGCAGGCGGUGCGGGCACGGGGGCGCGCGCGCGCGACGCGGACGUGGCGACGCUGUAUUCGGCCGCGUCGGUGUUGUCGGUGCCGCGCGGGCCUGCGCCCGCGCUCGCGCUUGGUGCGCCACCAUCGCCGCGCGGGGACUAUGAGCACGAGCACGAGGAGGGGCACGGGGGCGAGGAGGGCUCGCCGCAUGGGGCGGCGCGGCGGAGCGGGCGGGCGGAGUUCGAGCAGCGUGAGGUGUGCGGGGACGCGGUGCCGCUGUGCGGGGCGCCGGACGCGGUGAUCGCGGGCGAGCGGGGGCUCGUGCGCGCGAUCGUGCUGAACGACCGCGUGCACGCACUCACGGUGGACACGGCCACGGAGGUGCGGGUGUGGGAUCUCGUUCGCGGGGUCUGUGUGGGUGCGUUUUUGAGGGAGGAUCUGGACGGUGCGGAUGGGGAGCGGGGCGGGAGCACGGCGAGUGGGGGGAGUGCGAGCGGGAGCGGCGUGGUCGGGCGGGAGCGGGAGCGGAGUCCAAGGGAGGCGUUGGAGAUCGUGCGCGAGCGCAUUGAGGGCGAGGCGGUGGUGAUGCCGUGGUCGACGGUGGACACGAAAAUCGGGGUGCUGACCGUGCACGUCGACGAGAAGUGCUUCGAUGCAGAGCUCUACGCGGAUGAGGUGAGAAUCGGGAGCGACCGGCAUUACGGCGAGGAGCAUCGACUGAACCUCGGGCGCUGGGUGCUGCGCAACUUGUUCAUCAACUUUAUUCGCGAGGAGCAGCGCGCGUACACGCGCCGCGUUCGCGGGACCGACGGGUCGCAGCGCGGGGGCUCUCCGCCCCCCCUACCGCAGCACACUCAUACCCAUACCCAUACUCACUCACACUCGCACGUGCACAUGCACGGCACCGUGCCGCCCUCGCGACGCCGAUCCUCCUCUACGUCGUCCAAGCAAUCCGUAUCCGCGCCCUCGCCCUCGCCCUCGCCCUCGCACACCGCCGUCUUCUCCUCGCCGACGCUCAUCCCCGCCGUCACCCCCUCCAUCCCCUGGAGUUCCAGCGCCUCGCCCCUCCUCACGCCCAAAAUCCCGCUCUACCAGCCGCUCUCGCCAAUCCAGCAGUCGCCCAGCGCCGCCUCCGCCCCUGCUAACGACGCCACCCCUGUCGCGGGCCACCGCCACGGGCACAGCAAGACGCAGACGGACGCGUCCACGACGCCCGUGGCGCACGCGCCGCACAAGGAGCAGCACGACUACUUCACCGUGCGCGUGCGCCGCCCGUCCGUGUCCUCCGGCGCCGCCGCGGUGGCCGACGUAGACGACUUCUCGGGGUGGGGCGGACCCGGAGGCAAGCUGACGGACGCGCCGGCGACGCCUACCGCGGGCGGCCUGAUGGGCCGUCUGAAGAACAUCGGGAAGAUCAGCAAGCGGCCGCCGAGCGAGGCGGGCCCCGCGACGCCGCGGCCUACGACGAGCGGGACAGACCAGGAUGUCCUCGCUCCAGGCCCGACGGUGCGGACACCGGCGCAGGCCGUGCUGGCCAGCGCGCUGAACCCGCCGACGUCGGCCGACAACCCGACGUUGCCGCUGAACCCGGCGAUGCCGGUCAUGGUGCAGGAGGAGGCCUCACCGGACUGGACCGUCGUCUACUUCGGGUCCGUGUCGAGCACGGGCGCGGACGUGCGCGCGCUGGAGGAGGCGCUGCCCGUGUGGCUGCUCGAGUUCUUGCUCCUGGGGAAGGCGCCCGCGCCACCGGUCACGAAGAUCGGAUUCGUGCUGCUGCCGUAUCAGAGUAAGGAGCCGGACGCGGAGCGCUUGCCGGAGCUGCUGAACACGGCGCAGUCGAAGUUGACGGCGAGCCGGUUCUUGCGCGUGCGAAAGCUGACCGCACACGUCCAAGACAAGAUCGACAAGAUGGCGGGCGGCCUGGGCGUCGCGUCUUCGGCGACCUCGCCCCGCACGUCCCCCCGGGCGCGCGACGCGGACGGCGGCCACGCCAGGCCGCGGCCGGACGAGACGUGGGAGAUCCUCUGCAACGACGUCGUGCUCCCGCUCGAUAUGACGCUCGCGGCCGUGCGCCAGUUCGUGUGGCGGCAGGCGGCGGAGCUGACGAUGCAUUACCGCCGGAAGCGGCAGGAGCCUGUGCCGCUAGGCUUGUCUCCGAACCUGUGA